AAUGUUUUGCGGCUUUGAAGAUGAUGCUCUUUGCGGUUUCGAGGAAAAUAAUUCAAAUUCGCUAAGUGACAUCUGGUGGGGUCGUUCAAACGUUGCAGUGCUGCCAUCUGGUCUUUCUUUGAUAGACCAUACUUGCGGUAGUGAGCGAGGCUAUUUUCUGCAUAUUGCAAGUAGUUCACCAGAAAGAGGUCGAUACAGAGGUCAAAAAACUUUUAUUGCUAGUCCCUAUUAUUUUGGGAUGGACAGUCAUUGUGUUAGUUUCUUCUAUUAUAUGGUUGGUUAUAACGUAGGAACGUUAAAUGUGUAUACCCACACAAAAGAUAGUGGUCCGACACCAAAGUGGUCGGCGUAUGGCAAUCAAGGCACAUUCUGGACAAAAGCGAACAUAGACGUGCCAGGCGAACUGACUAGGUUCGGUUACAAGAUUGUCUUUGAGACAAUCUUGGACCUAGGUGCAUUUGCUGAUAUCGGUAUCGAUGACGUCCGUGUUGCUGGUGGAGAAUGUGGCCUUUAA